GGCACCGCAAGGCACGCAACUCUUUGGCACGUGCACGUGAGUGGGACAGGCGUCCCUUUGGUUUUUCAGUUUUUUUUUUUCAACCUCGAUACACCCGUUAACGAUACAACUAAAGCUGAUGAUUUAUCAGAAAUUUGAGUGCAGAAAGUACGCUUUAUAUUAGAUUAUAUAUUCUCAAUUUUUGGACCUGAGUUAUCACCGCCUGCCCAAGCCUGGCUUCAAUUAUCCUACGUGGUCUCACUUACGAAAUACAAACUUUAGUGUUGGUUCCCGUUAAUGGCCUUGGGUGGAUGUAUGAUCGCUGCUCUUACAACAUGUAACCGGAUGGAGUUUGGCCGUCACUUUUGCAAAACUGUAAUGGCUUCCUUGCUGGUUCCACCAGCUGCUGUGCGUGGAAUGACCAAGUUGGACCGUGCUGCUUUUACCGUGCAGGUUGAAGUCCCAACAUUACGACUGGGCAAAGUGAAUCUUGCAAAAAUAAUGCCUGCCUUGAAAAAGUACAUGUUAAAAGUGCAAAAAUUCAAGCCUAUUCAGAAUGAAGAUGACAGUUCAAUUAACAGUGGCAGAGUCGCCUGUUUGGAUCCAGCCAAAAUCCAGAACUUUGAAGAUAUUGACGAGUUGGACAGAAAGAUAUUUCGUGAUUAUAAUAUCACUGAGAUCCAAAGAAAAGUUAUUACACUCGACUAUGAUAACUGGCAAUACGAUCAAAUUUUCAAAGCCGUUUUCCCGGAUAUAUCUCAAGCUCCUAAUGCAUACAGCAAGAUAGGACACCUUGUACAUCUGAAUUUGCGGGAUAACCAGCUGCCCCAUAAACAUUUCAUUGGAGAAGUUUUGUUGGACAAAAUUGCACAGACUAGAACGGUUGUAAAUAAAUUGAGUAACAUUGAUACGACUUACAGGAAUUUUGCUAUGGAAAUCAUAGCUGGGGAGAAAGAUACUCUAGCAACUGUGGCUGAAAACGGAUGCCGUUAUAAAUUUGAUUUUGCAACAGUAUAUUGGAACCCUCGAUUAUCCACAGAACAUCAAACUCUCGUCUCUUAUUUAAAACCUAACGACAUUCUCUAUGAUGUAUUUGCUGGUGUCGGACCAUUCGCUAUACCCGCGGCUAAAAAAGGAUGCAGAGUCAUUGCAAAUGAUUUGAAUCCUGAAUCUAUUAAAUGGCUGAAAGAAAAUGCCAAAUUGAAUAAGACAUUUGGCAACAUAACGGCAAUUAAUAAGGAUGGUAGGCAAUUUUUACAAGAAGAUGUCAAGGCAGAUAUAUUGAAAAGACGUAGCUUGAAGGCCGAAGGAUUGGAGCAUAUCGCAAUGAAUCUUCCAGGUUUGGCGGCAGAGUUUUUAGACGUCUUUCAGAACUUGUUUAGCACAGAGGAGGCAGAUUUGGUUUCUGUAAAACCUCCAACGGUCCAUCUUUACUGCUUCAUAAAAUUGGGAAAGGAAGAGGAUCCCCAUGUCCUUGCAAAACUACUUGUAGAAGAAAAACUCCAGCGACCUUUAAAAAACGAGUCUAUAGUGAUGAUACAUCACGUUAGAAAUGUUGCCCCCAACAAAGAAAUGAUGAGAGUCUCUUUUCUAUUGACUAGUGAUAUUUUGAUGAGAGAUGAGCCGGCGACUAAGAAAUUGAAACUUGAUAAUGUCGAUUUAUUUAUUGAUGAUAAUGUAGCAGGAGCUCGUAGCCUUAAGCAUAAAGCUAAAGCACAGAAGGUCUCCACCGAACUGAAGAAAUUGAACUUAAAAUCUAAGAAGAAAUCAACAAAGGGAAAGACAACGGCAGAUGUGGACAAACAGCUGGUGGAACUGCGCAAAGAAGUCCUCCAGGCAAAAUCGCCAAAGGUUGUCAAAGUAUCAAACAAAAAACAGAAAUCCCAAGAGAAGGUAGCAAAUACUAAAACUCGAAUGGCAACAAGAGCUCAAACUGAAGCAGCUGCUAACCUGAAGUUAACUACAGACUACCAAACCAUGGAAGAACAUACAGCUGGUUUGAUAAUAGUAGGAGAUGAAAUAUUACGAGGGCAAAUAGCAGACGCAAAUACAUCCUACUUGGGGAAGAAACUCUCCGCAGUAGGAAUCAGAUUGCGCAGAGUCGUCAUUGUUCCUGACGUGAUCGAUGAUAUUGCAGAGGAAGUCCGACUCGCAUCUGUAAGAUACUCGGUAGUUUUCACAGGGGGAGGGGUUGGACCUACUCAUGACGAUGUUACUUACGCUGCAGUUGCAAAAGGUUUGAGUCUCAAAUUGGAAGAGAAUAAAGAUCUGCUUGCCAUUUAUGCCACGUUGUUUCCGGGACAAGUAGAAGCUAAACGUCUCGCCAAUGUUCCCAGUCCCUGCGAUGUUAUCUACAAACCAAGCCAAGAUUCAACGAAAGCCGCUGUAAAAACUUACCCCUUCAUCAAAGCAGCCAACGUUUAUGUCUUGCCUGGAUCUCCCCAUUAUUUUUCAGCAGACGUCGACGUAAUAAUACCGCUACUUCAGAGAGGGAGUACUCUCCACACGGAUUCUGUUGAUGUGAAUCUGAAGGAGUUAAUGUUUGUUGAUAUUUUGGAUGAUUUUGUAAACAAAUGGUCAGGUCGAGUUGCCGUUGGAAGCUAUCCCCAGCCUGGACGAGUGCCAUUGACAAGAAUAACUCUAGAAGGGAGUCAAAGUGCAGUUGAAACUGCAAAGCUAGAUUUACAAACUGCUCUAACAGCCAGACUGCCAAAUUCAAGCCAUCAAUUCGGCCUUGAAGACGCUAAGUCGGUCAUAGCCAGCAGUGAGAAUCAACUACACAUCAAAUCAGCUCUAGAUGUUUUGCGCCUCUGCUAUGCAAAGCAUGCUGAUGGAAUGUUUCUGAAUUUCAACGGAGGGAAGGACUGCACUGCCGUGCUUCACCUUGUGGCAACCGUUGCCAAGAUCAUGGAUGCAGCUCUACCUGUGUGCCUCUAUGUAUCUCAUGAUCCAUUUCCAGAGGUAGAGGACUUUGUAAAACACGCAGAAAAGUAUUACGGGCUAGAAAUAAUAUGGAUGACAGGAACCAUCCGAUCGGCUUUAGAAUCACUGUUGGAGGAGCGAAGGAAUCUUAAUACUGGAAUAAUGGGAAUGAGAAGAGGUGAUCCUGGGUCAGAUAAGUUGGAAACAUUUAUGCCCACGGACAAUGGUUGGCCCGCUAUGAUGCGCGUCAAUCCUAUAUUAGAUUGGACAUAUAGCCAAGUAUGGGAAUUUUUAUUAGAGCACAAUAUUCCGUAUUGCUCGUUGUACGAUCAAGGCUAUACAAGUCUCGGAUCCAAGGCGACGACGAAACCCAACUCUCUGCUGAAAGAUCCAAAUAAUCCUGAGCGAUACUUUCCUGCGUAUAGAUUGAAAGAUGGAGUCGUAGAGCGUCAAGGCAGAGGGGGUGAAAGCGGAUAAUCCUAAGCCAAGCCGAGGGAAGCCCCAGUUCCUGUUUUAACUGGAUUAGAGUUUUAGGAGUGGAUAAAGAGCAAGAUGGGGUGAGCUCUUGCUGCAUGAUAUAAAAGGAGCCUCCCUGGCUU